UACAACUCCCGGAAUGCCGAUGCGGCGGGGUCCGUCUCGCCGGAGUCCCCGGCCGCGCGCUCCCAUUGGUCAGGGGCCGCAGCGCGGGGUUUUCUGGUCCUGGUAUUUACGCUUUGCCCCCGGCGCCGCCGUCGCGUGGAGAGGCUGCGCAGGUCGCGCGGCUCGGAUCUCCGGUGUGGGGCCGUCCCGGGCGGUCUGUCCGGAGCCGCGAGCCGGUGGGCGCUGGAGGGAGUGGGUGGGGCUGCAGGUGGCGCGCCUGGAGGACCUCGGAGUCGGAAGAGACGAUGGCCGCGGGGCCCCUGGCAGGCCGCCCUCGGGACCUUGGAACCUCAAGCCAGAUUCUGUUGCCCACCUAGAACUUGGAAUAGAGCAGUGCAUGAUGGACAGAGGGCUCUCCCAAGAUUCCCGCCUAGAAAGGAAGAAGAGACCUAAAAGCCAAGAGUUGUCACCAACAGAGGCCUUUGCUAGGAAGGAGUUACCCAGCAGCAUGAACCUGACGAGGCCCGCAGUGGAUGGUUGCUGGCGUUCUACCACAGCAGAUGGCUGGGAACUUGGGGACGAGUUGGAGAAGCAGAAGACACACAGUGCCAUUUCCGGGCUGACAGGACAUAAACAAGGGAAAAUGAGCAGACCUCUACCAUUAAAUCCCUGGGAUGAGAAAAUUGCAGGCUGAAUGCUGAGCUGGCAGCAGAGGCAGCGAGGAGAGCUGUGGGCGCUGCGUGGCCACUGACAGCAGAGGCAUGCUGACUUCCCUUUGGAGGACUCACGAUCCUGUAGUAUGCUGAACUUAAGGACUCCUGGGCUCCUAGCUGGUGAGGAUGAGUUAAUCCUAGGAUUUGAGAGCAUACAAAACUUCAAGUCUAACUUCUUUGUACUCGUUAUUUUACUACUGGUGACCCCACGGUUGUACUCUCAUAAAAGGUCUUAUUUGUCCCAAGGAGUGUGCCCUAGAUUCCCCCUUCCUUUACCUUUCAUUCUCCUCAUCUGGCAGUGAGGAAAUGGAACUAGCCAGAGCCCUUCAGGUGGCAUGGAGUGACCGCUCUUUAGGCAUCUCUGAGGAAAGGCAUGCCCCAGGAGUACAUGGAUUCUCCUACUGCUCUGAUCUCUUUCCAUUCAGAAACCUGUGGCAGCUCAGAAAUCGUUCAGACUCCCAGAAUAGGGGUAUCCAAGAUGGCUGUGCAGCCCAGCUUUUGGCACCUCAUAGCAUGGAGAGAAUGGAGUGCCACGCAGCACACUGGGGUAAAUGGAGUGGGUCAGAGGAAGCGGCAUCCUCACACCCCUGUAACCUAUUCUCGACCCAAAAAGGCCCUUGGUGAAUAGCUGUUCCUUUUUUUUUUUUUUAAAGAUUUUAUUUAUUUAUUUGACAGAGAGAGAUCACAAGUAGGCAGAGA